AUGUCUCGAAAGAUCCUCCAUCUCGCAUUCCUCUCGCUUAUAUCGCUGACACCCCAUGUCCUCGCAUCCAAGGAUUCAUCAGCUUGCUACAACAGCCCCGGAGACUUGACCCUGGCCGAAUCCUCUGAGUUCAUGUCCCGCGGCAUGUGUGAGGCCAAGUGCGAGAAGAACGCCGUCCUUGCCGUCCAGGGAACUGACUGCUACUGCGGCAGCAGUAUCCCCUCGUCAUCCGCCAAGGUGUCGGACGACAAAUGCGAUACCCUGUGUCCAGGAUAUGCAGUUGACUACUGUGGCGGGUCCAAAACCUGGACUAUCAUGUAUGACACUCGUCUCCUCAAGGAGGACAGCGACGAUUCCACUUCGACCUCGCUGACGGUCAACCCGACCCUUGUGGCCACCAUCACGAAGGACAGCGCCAAUCCCACAGCCACCAUCCCAGCUGAAAUCCUGACAGCACCCUCGGCCACCUUCACGAAGCACCCUGGCGUCGCGCAGGACAUGCCCUCCGUCAAUGUGACCUCGUCUGCUGCUGCUGCUGCGUCAAAGUCGGCAGGCACUUCUUCUGCCUCUGCAUCGGCCUCAUCCAGCACGCCGUCAGCGUCACCCUCCGGUAGCGCUGGGUCGGGUGCAAGUUUGAGUCGCUCGGUGGGGGCCGCUGGGCCAAUUAUAGGGGCGGUUUUCAUUCCAUUGGUUAUGUCUUGGUUCUAA